AUGGAGCAGUCAGUGCUUGUACCACCAGGACCAGACAGCUUCCAAUACUUCACUAGAGAGUCUCUUGCAGCUAUUGAACAACGCAUUGCUGCAGAAAAAGCUAAGAAUCCUAAACAAGAUCGUAAAGACAAUGAUGAUGAAAAUGGGCCAAAGCCAAACAGUGAUUUGGAGGCAGGAAAAACACUUCCGUUUAUAUACGGUGACAUACCUCCAGGAAUGGUGUCUGAGCCCUUGGAAGACAUGGACCCAUAUUACAUCAAUAAAAAAACCUUUAUAGUAUUGAAUAAAGGGAAGGCAAUCUUCCGAUUCAGUGCCACCUCUGCCCUGUACAUUUUAACUCCCUUCAAUCCUCUUAGAAAAAUAGCUAUUAAAAUUUUGGUACAUUCAUUAUUCAGCAUGCUUAUCAUGUGCACUAUUUUGACCAACUGUGUAUUUAUGACCAUGAGUAACCCUCCGGACUGGACAAAGAAUGUAGAGUAUACGUUCACUGGAAUUUACACAUUUGAGUCACUCAUAAAAAUCAUUGCAAGAGGCUUUUGCUUAGAAGAUUUUACUUUUCUUCGAGAUCCAUGGAACUGGCUUGAUUUCACUGUCAUUACCUUUGCAUAUGUGACAGAGUUUGUGGACCUGGGCAAUGUCUCAGCGUUGAGAACAUUCAGAGUUCUCCGAGCUUUGAAAACAAUAUCAGUCAUUCCAGGCUUGAAGACUAUCGUGGGAGCCCUAAUUCAAUCUGUGAAGAAGCUCUCGGACGUUAUGAUCCUGACUGUAUUUUGUCUGAGUGUAUUUGCACUAAUAGGGCUUCAGCUGUUCAUGGGCAACUUGAGGAAUAAAUGCCUGCAGUGGCCUCCAGAAAAUUUUACUCUGGAAACAAAUAUUACGUCCCAGCUAAACAGCACCAUAGGUGAAAAUGGUACAUUGGUUAAUUCAACAGUGACUCCAUUUGACUGGAAGGGGUACAUUGAAGAUGAAAGUCAUUUUUAUUUUCUGGAAGGGCAAAACGAUGCUCUGCUUUGUGGGAAUAGCUCUGAUGCUGGGCAGUGCCCAGAGGGAUAUACAUGCGUGAAAGCUGGUAGAAACCCCAAUUAUGGCUACACAAGUUUUGACACCUUCAGCUGGGCUUUCUUGUCACUAUUUCGCUUGAUGACUCAAGACUUCUGGGAAAACCUUUAUCAAUUGACACUACGUGCUGCUGGGAAGACAUACAUGAUAUUUUUUGUUCUGGUGAUUUUUCUGGGUUCUUUCUACUUGAUCAACUUGAUCUUGGCUGUGGUCGCCAUGGCCUACGAAGAACAGAAUCAAGCAACUAUGGAAGAAGCAGAGCAGAAAGAGGCAGAAUUUCAACAGAUGCUGGAACAACUAAAGAAGCAACAAGAAGCAGCUCAGGCAGCAGCGGUGGCAGCAGCAGCAGUAACAGCAUCCGCGGAGUCAAGGGAGCCCAGUGCUGCGGGAGAAGCAGGAGGGCUCUCAGAAAGUUCCUCAGAGGCAUCAAAAUUGAGCUCAAAAAGUGCAAAAGAGAGAAGAAACAGAAGGAAAAAAAGAAAACAGAAAGAACAGUCUGGAGGAGAGGAAAAAGAUGAAGAUGAAUUUCACAAGUCUGAAUCAGAAGAAAGCAUCAGAAGGAAAGGUUUCCGAUUAUCUAUUGAAGGCAAUAGAUUGACAUACGAAAAGAAGUAUUCUUCUCCACAUCAGUCUUUGCUGAGCAUUCGUGGCUCCCUGUUUUCCCCAAGGCGCAAUAGCAGAACAAGUCUUUUCAGCUUCAGAGGUAGAGCAAAGGAUAUAGGAUCAGAAAAUGACUUUGCUGAUGAUGAGCACAGCACUUUUGAAGACAAUGAUAGCAGAAGAGAUUCUCUCUUUGUGCCGCGCAGACACGGUGAACGGCGCAACAGUAACAUUAGUCAGGCCAGUAGGUCAUCCAGGAUGCUGGCAGUGUUUCCAGUGAAUGGGAAGAUGCACAGCACUGUGGAUUGCAAUGGGGUGGUUUCCCUGGUUGGUGGACCAUCUGUUCCUACAUCGCCUGUUGGACAGCUUCUGCCAGAGGUGAUAAUAGAUAAACCAGCUACUGAUGACAAUGGCACCACUACAGAAACAGAAAUGAGGAAGAGAAUAUCAAGCUCUUUCCAUGUUUCUAUGGACUUCCUCGAAGAUCCAGCUUUAAGGGUAAGAGCCAUGAGUAUUGCUAGCAUUCUCACAAACACUGUGGAAGAACUUGAAGAAUCAAGACAGAAAUGCCCACCAUGUUGGUAUAAAUUUGCAAACAUUUUCUUGAUCUGGGACUGCAGUCCACAUUGGCUAAAAGUAAAACAUAUCGUCAACUUAGUGGUAAUGGACCCAUUUGUUGACCUGGCUAUCACAAUUUGCAUUGUUUUAAAUACACUCUUUAUGGCUAUGGAACAUUAUCCGAUGACCGAUGAAUUCAAUAAUGUACUUUCAGUUGGAAAUCUGGUCUUCACUGGAAUCUUCACAGCAGAAAUGUUUCUCAAGAUAAUUGCAAUGGAUCCUUACUAUUAUUUCCAGGAAGGCUGGAAUAUUUUUGAUGGUUUUAUUGUAACACUUAGCUUGGUUGAGCUUGGUCUUGCAGAUGUGGAAGGACUCUCAGUUCUUCGAUCAUUCAGAUUGUUACGAGUUUUCAAACUGGCGAAAUCUUGGCCAACACUAAAUAUGCUGAUAAAAAUUAUUGGUAACUCUGUGGGAGCUCUGGGUAACCUGACCCUGGUGCUGGCCAUCAUUGUCUUCAUUUUUGCUGUGGUUGGGAUGCAGCUGUUUGGGAAAAACUACAAGGAAUGUGUCUGCAAAAUCGCAAGUGACUGUGUGCUUCCACGCUGGCACAUGCAAGAUUUUUUUCACUCGUUUUUGAUCGUAUUUCGAGUGCUGUGUGGAGAAUGGAUAGAAACGAUGUGGGACUGCAUGGAGGUUGCAGGCCAAGCCAUGUGCCUUACUGUCUUCAUGAUGGUCAUGGUGAUUGGAAACCUAGUGGUACUGAACCUAUUUUUGGCCUUGCUCUUGAGCUCAUUUAGUGCAGACAACCUUGCUGUGACAGACGAUGACAAUGAAAUGAAUAAUCUCCAAAUUGCUGUAGCAAGAAUGCAGAAGGGCAUAGAUUACGUGAAAAGAAAAGCACGUGAAUUCAUCCAAAAAGCCUUUGUUAAAAAACAAAAAGCUUUAGAUGAAAUCAAGCCACUUGAAGAUUUGAACAACAAAAAUAGCUGCAUUUCUAACCAUACAACUGUGGAACUAAGCAAGGAUCAUGACUAUAUUAAAGAUGCAAAUGGAACAACUAGUGGCAUAGGCACAGGCAGCAGUGUGGAAAAAUACAUAAUUGAUGAAAGUGAUUACAUGUCAUUCAUAAACAACCCAAGUCUCACUGUGACAGUUCCCAUUGCUGUGGGUGAAUCUGACUUUGAAAACCUAAACACAGAGGAAUUUAGUAGUGAAUCGGACUUGGAAGAAAGCAAAGAGAAGUUAAAUUCAUCUAGUUCAUCAGAAGGUAGCACAGUUGAUAUUGGACUUCCUGCAGAAGAACAACCAGAAGAACAACCUGAAGAAGCCCAGGAGCCAGAGGCCUGCUUCACAGAAGGCUGUGUAAGAAGGUUCAAAUGCUGUCAAGUAAGUAUAGAAGAAGGGAGAGGAAAGCAGUGGUGGAACCUUAGAAAAACCUGCUUCAAGAUUGUCGAACACAACUGGUUUGAGACUUUCAUUGUCUUUAUGAUUCUGCUCAGUAGUGGAGCUCUGGCUUUUGAAGACAUAUAUAUUGAACAGCGUAAAACUAUCAAGACCAUGCUGGAAUAUGCUGACAAGGUCUUCACUUACAUCUUCAUUCUGGAAAUGCUGCUGAAGUGGGUGGCCUAUGGCUAUCAAACAUACUUUACUAAUGCCUGGUGCUGGCUGGACUUCCUGAUUGUCGAUGUCUCUUUGGUUAGCUUAACAGCAAAUGCAUUGGGUUACUCUGAACUUGGUGCCAUUAAGUCCCUUAGGACACUAAGAGCUUUGAGACCUCUAAGAGCUUUGUCACGAUUUGAAGGCAUGAGGGUGGUUGUGAAUGCCCUUUUAGGAGCAAUUCCAUCCAUCAUGAACGUGCUUCUCGUUUGUCUUAUAUUCUGGCUAAUUUUCAGCAUCAUGGGAGUAAAUCUGUUUGCUGGCAAGUUCUACUACUGUGUUAACACCACAACCGAUGAAAGGUUUGAAGUCGACCAAAUCAACAAUUUUAGUCAGUGCGAGGAACUCAUAAAAAACAAUCAAAGUGCCCGAUGGAAAAACGUGAAAGUAAACUUUGAUAAUGUAGGAUUUGGGUAUCUAUCUUUACUUCAAGUAGCUACAUUUAAAGGCUGGAUGGAUAUUAUGUAUGCAGCAAUUGACUCAAGAGAUGUAUUACAGCAACCCAAGUAUGAAGACAACCUGUACAUGUAUUUGUAUUUUGUCAUCUUUAUCAUUUUUGGGUCUUUUUUCACCCUGAACCUGUUCAUUGGUGUCAUUAUUGAUAACUUCAAUCAGCAAAAAAAGAAGUUUGGAGGUCAAGACAUAUUUAUGACAGAAGAACAGAAGAAAUACUACAAUGCAAUGAAAAAGCUGGGAUCCAAAAAACCACAAAAACCCAUACCAAGACCAGGGAACAAAUUCCAAGGCAUGGUCUUUGAUUUUGUGACACAGCAAGUCUUUGACAUCAGCAUUAUGAUUCUUAUUUGUCUUAACAUGGUUACCAUGAUGGUAGAAACUGAUGACCAGAGUAAAGAAAUGGAAAAUAUUUUAUACUGGAUAAACCUGGUGUUCAUUGUCCUUUUCACUGGAGAAUGUGUCCUGAAAUUAAUUUCACUUCGCCAUUACUAUUUCACUAUAGGCUGGAAUAUUUUUGAUUUCGUAGUUGUCAUUCUCUCUAUAGUAGGUAUGUUUUUAGCUGAGAUGAUUGAAAAGUAUUUUGUAUCCCCCACACUAUUCAGAGUGAUCCGACUUGCCAGAAUUGGUCGCAUCCUGCGUCUCAUUAAAGGCGCGAAGGGAAUCCGCACUCUGCUUUUUGCUUUGAUGAUGUCUCUUCCUGCUUUGUUCAACAUUGGUCUGCUGCUGUUCCUGGUCAUGUUUAUCUAUGCGAUAUUUGGCAUGUCCAACUUUGCCUAUGUCAAGAGGGAAGCUGGUAUAGAUGACAUGUUCAACUUUGAAACGUUUGGCAACAGCAUGAUCUGCCUAUUUCAAAUCACCACAUCUGCUGGCUGGGAUGGUCUGCUAGCCCCAAUUCUUAACAGUGGGGAGCCAGACUGUGACCCUAACAAAGCUCAUCCGGGGAGCUCUGUGAAAGGCGACUGCGGCAACCCUUCUGUUGGGAUUUUCUUCUUUGUCAGCUACAUUAUCAUAUCAUUUCUGGUAGUGGUGAACAUGUACAUUGCCGUGAUUUUGGAGAACUUCGGUGUUGCUACUGAAGAAAGCGCUGAACCCUUGAGCGAGGAUGACUUUGAGAUGUUCUAUGAAGUCUGGGAGAAGUUUGAUCCUGAUGCAACACAAUUCAUGGAAUUUGAGAAAUUGUCUGAUUUUGCAGCAGCGCUUGAGCCUCCUCUUCAUCUACCCAAACCAAACAAAGUCCAGCUUAUUGCAAUGGAUCUGCCCAUGGUAAGCGGCGACAGAAUUCACUGCCUUGACAUCUUGUUUGCUUUCACAAAGCGUGUGUUGGGGGAAAGUGGGGAGAUGGACGCCCUCAGAAUACAGAUGGAAGAUCGUUUUAUGGCAGCCAAUCCUUCAAAAGUUUCCUAUGAACCAAUUACAACCACAUUAAAACGAAAACAGGAGGAAGUAUCUGCUGUCAUUAUUCAACGGGCUUACAGACGUCACCUUUUAAAACGAACAGUAAAACAAGCUUCCUUUAUCUAUAACAAAAACAAAACAGAAGGAGGGGCUGGUCAGGGUAUGAAAGAUGAAAUCCUUAUUGACAAGUUAAAUGAAAACUCAUUUACAGAGAAAACCGAUAUAACUGCAUCAACAGCAGUUUGUCCACCUUCUUAUGAUCACGUAACAAGGCCAGUCAAAGGAAAGCAUGAAAAGGAAGAUAAAGAUGUUCAGAAAUAAAAGCAAAUAGCAAGCAAAAUCAUCUAUGUGCAAAAUAGUUCUAGGCUGUAAGGAUCAUGUGUUUGUGUCAACAGGACUCCUGCUGGAGGUCUAUGCCAAACUGACAAUUUUUACAAAUAUACUGUACAUUAAAGGUCAGUGCCUAUUAAAAGACAGUGACCCCUUGUCAGUGACUGUGAUACGGGGAAACAAGCUUGACAGGAGGUUACUGUUCUCACUACCAGCUGACACUGCUGAAGAGGAGAGAAAAAAUGGCUACUCAGACUGUAGGGACCAGUGAAAGGGGUGCAAACGAAGUAUUUGUGUGUUUAGCAUAAAACAAUACAGUAACUGUAUCCACUGGUUGCAUUUCAACUGCCACAUACGUCAUAUUUUUACAAAACCUGUGUUGGUGGAUUCAUCUUAUUUUUAUUCAUAUGUUGUUUAUUAUAUGUGACUAUUUUUGUAAAUGGGGCUUCUGUUGGGGAAGGGGAUUAAGUACACCUUUACAGGUACAAGGGCCAGGUGUUCUAUUAUUCAACUAAUAUACACACAGAAAUGAGUUGCAUGAAGGCAUGCUGCACUUAUAGAUCAUGCAUGAAAAUAACAUUAAGUCACAAAGAACAACAGAUUUCUUUUAGCGCGGUGUUUCUGGAAAGGAAUAACAGAUUUUGAGGUGCUUAAUUAAUGUAUUCAUGUUUCAUCACGUCCUAAGAAGUCUUGGUAUGCCUGUAAGGUCCCCUAUAACUCACGAGAACAGUAGA